AUGCGGGUUAACGGCACUGCAACUUCCAAGAGCAUCGUAGUGUACGUCUACAGCAACUAUACAGUCGCUGCGGACAAACCCCGUGUUGACAUCCUUACAAGCAUUAUCAGAUCCAAGAUCCCCGGGAGCCUCACCAUGCCCAUGGCUAAGCAGCCCUACUUCGGCGACUACACUGUCGGCUACGUUAUCCCUUCAAAUAAGGGGUCCUACUUUACGCUGGAGCAAUUAGGAGUUAAGCCUCCUCGGGUAGCGGCUCUGACAGCUUUCGUCCGGCGUGGCGGCGCACUGGUCCUGCUCGAUGGCUACGAUUACACCAACAAAACGAACUCACUGCUGCCGGUCAUAGCCGCGGUGCUGGGUACAGAUCCACUCUGCAGAGCAAUCGGCGUCACCAGCGACCUAAAGCAGCAACGGCGGAUCAGCACCGGCUAUUUCAUGAACCUGGAUGAGAGCAUCAAGGUCAGUCGCGGCCUGGGUCUGUCCAAUCUGAACUGCGAAACUGGCAAGUCCAUAUAUUCUGCCAUCGUGAACAAGACGCCUGUAGCCGGAGCUAUCUUUUGGCCCUUAGGCCGAGGGGCGGUCUAUUGGAUCGGAUCUUCGUUUCAACGGCCGAACCUCCGGGGCUUUCAGCAAGUGUUAGUUGCUGCGCUGUCAACAGCAGUUGACGCCUGGAAGCAAGGGCCUCCUCUAAGCCUGGCCCCGAGACCACCACAACCGCCUCCACCCUUCUCUUCCAUCGCCGUCCGCUCCUUCAACAUCGUCUGUACCGCUGCCGCCUUUCGAAACCACUUCUCCCCAGCCGCCGUCACCACCUCCAUCCGUGCCACCCCCAUCUGCAACCAUGCCAUCAGCACCGCGGAAGCCAUCUCCCCCACGGCCCCCUCGACCACCACCCCGUCCUCCAAGUCCUCCUCGGCCAUCACCCAGGCUGCAGUUGCCGUCCCCGGCGCCCCCUCCAUCAUCACCGGCCCCCCCACAACAACCACCGCCACUCCAACUAUCACCGAUGUCCCCUCAGCAAGCAACUCAGCGGAGAGCUCCACCGACACCACCGCCGCCACUACCACCACCGCAACUACCGACAUAGGCUCCACAUCCACCGCCAUCAACGCCACCGCCAUUCCAACUAGCGUUCAGAGCCUACAGCCCACCGCCUAG